UCCUUGCAGCUUUCUAGUAGUAUUAUACAUGGAAGUUUACUAAUUCACUACCAGAGAAGUCUUAACCAGUAUGGCCACACCUCAAAUGCUCUCUACCUCAAGAACUCUUAUCCGUCGCUUGCUUUCUUGCCUAGUGCUCAUUAUAUUUCAUGUCCGGGCAAGGGCACAGACCUAUUUAUACUCUACUUGUCCAGACAGGACAUUUUCUGACGACAUUCAGCGUACUAGCCAAUUCCAAACAAAUCUCAAUCGCCUACUCUUUGGCUCUCUGUACAGUAAUGAUAUCAAUUCUAUGUUCUCUAAUGCAACUGUUGGAACUUAUCCGGAUCAAGUAUACAGCCUUUUCCUCUGUAGAGGUGAUGCUUCAAACAAGAUCUGCCAGGACUGCAUUGAUGCAGCAAUUACUAAAAUUUUGAGGACUUGUCGAUAUAGGAAGGAAGCAAUCAUAUGGUAUGAUGAGUGUCUGAUACGAUUCUCCAAUACUUCUUUCUUUUCUACUUUGGACACCAAACCAUAUCGUUGUUUGUCUAACAAUGAAAAUCUCAUAGAGCCCAAAAAUUUCAAUCAAUUACUAGAAGACAUGUUUAGAAAUCUUGAUAUUCAGGCGACUAAUAAUCCUGCUAACCGCAUGUAUGCUCAAGCUAAGGUCACCAUCUCCGGCAUAGGAAACAUGUACGGUACUGUGCAGUGUACACCAGGCUUAUCUCACCUACAGUGUCAGAACUGUAUUUCUAGAGCUUAUGCUAAUUUUGCUAAUACUUCAAUCUGCCGAGAAGGAAAGAAAGGGAAAAGAAUUCUAACUCCAAGCUGUAGCGCAACGUAUGAAAUGUACCUUUUUGAUGUAGAUCCUCCAUUACAAUCACCAAACCUGGGUAAAAGUUCUGACACGGGCACCAGUAGAGCAAGAAAAAGCAAUAUGAAGGCAGUUGCAACUAGCUUGGGUAUGUUAGCAGUUGGAGCUAUCGUUUUUCUAGGAUUUUGUGUAUGUUAUUGCAGCAGAAGGAAAAGAGUAGAAGAAAAUGAAGAGAUCAGCCCAGAAAUUCAGCUGCUUGACCUUGCAGAGGAGAGACUUGGUGAUAACAACUCACCUCGAGAUUAUGAUGGAAGAAUACAAGUGGACCCUAAAAGUUUUCCACUGAUCCGUUUAGAUCUCAUUCGGAGAGCUACACAACAGUUCUCUGGGGAAAACAAGCUUGGAGAAGGGGGAUUUGGCCCAGUGUACAAGGGUAUUCUAGUGGAUGGAACCAGAAUUGCAGUUAAGAGGCUUUCAGAAAACUCUGGUCAAGGACUACAAGAGUUCAAGGCUGAAAUCACCUUGAUUGCCAAACUGCAACACAACAAUCUUGUCAAACUUCUGGGAUGUUGUUGGGAAGCAAAGGAACUGCUUCUUGUCUACGAUUACAUGCCCAACAGUAGCUUAGAUGUGCACCUUUUUGAUUCAACAAGGAGGGCACAGCUAGACUGGAAAAGACGACUCAUUAUCAUUAAUGGGAUUGCUCGGGGAAUAUUAUAUCUACAUGAGGAUUCCCGUCUAAGGAUCAUACACAGGGAUCUCAAAGCUAGCAACAUUUUGCUAGACCAUGAUAUGAACCCGAAAAUAUCGGACUUUGGAAUGGCAAGAAUAUUUGGCAGCAAGCAACUUGAAGCUAAUACAAAUAGAGUUGUUGGAACAUAUGGAUACAUGGCCCCAGAGUAUGCCAUGGAAGGAAUAUUUUCCGUCAAGUCUGAUGUUUUCAGUUUUGGAGUUCUGCUGCUAGAGAUUGUCAGUGGGAAAAAGAAUAGUGGAUUCCAUCUUGCAGGACAUGGUUAUAGCUUGCUUACUUUUGCAUGGAAAUUAUGGUCUGAUGGUCAAGAGUUGGAACUGAUGGACCCGUUAUUAUCAGAAGCUUGCGUAGAAAUGGAAAUUCUAAAUUGCAUUAAAAUUGGCCUGUUAUGUGUCCAGGAAGAUCCUGCAGAUAGACCUACUAUGUCAAGUGUUAUUCAUAUGCUAGGAAGCCACAUGGCACCACAUCCUCAGCCAAAUGAACCUGCAUUUUCCGUUGGACGCGUUGUGCCAUCAUCACCAGUCAACAGCAAUGUCAUAGGAACGUCUGUAACCACUUGUGAUCUCACUAUAUCAGAAUGCUUACCAAGAUGACUAGAGAUAUUUUUAUCAAUCUUUAGAUGUGCAUUCUUUUUCAAUAGAGUCCCUCACAUGCUAAAAGAAACUUUUAGUCUUGCGCUAAUUUGUCUUGUAUACAUACUUAGACAUUGAUCUGACGAUGUUUAAUGCUCUAGCCAAGGAAGUGUGAAUUGAAGGAAGUGCUACUGGGGCGUGAAGUAAAGAUACGCAAU